CAGAUAUCACACUCGAGUGAUCUGUCUGCUAUAAAUAUACCUCCAGACGUCCAGACACUCACUUCGAAGAAAUGUUACGUUACACAGUCGUCUUUCUUGUUCUAGUAGCUCUAGUUUCAGGUGGUACCGUACCAACGAAACUGAAGAAACAGCGCCCCGAUGGACGGAUCAUCGGGGGAACUAAAGCCACCAUCGAGGACAACCCAUGGCAAGUGUCUUUGGAAGCCUUCGGUUUGCACAACUGCGGUGGUUCUAUAAUUUCUGCAGACACAAUUCUGACCGCUGCUCACUGCAUUGAUGGGGCGAUUUCUGUGUUCUAUGAAGUGGUUUCAGGAACUGCCGAUCUUCUCCAAAACGGUACUCACUCCACGAUUAAACAGACCAUCGUCCAUGAGGGUUACGAUGGUUUGGGGCACGACGCCGCGCUCGUCAUUCUGAACGAGCCUCUGACUUUUGGGGACACCAUCCAGGCAGUACCACUCACUGACGAAGAUCCGGUUGCCGGUGACACCGUUAAAGUGACAGGAUGGGGAGUACUAUCGGAAUCGGAUUUUUUCACACCGAACGACUUGUAUGGUGUUGAGGUCACCAUCGUCGAUAGAAGCGAAUGUGCUGCUGAUUAUGCAGACGUUGAAGGUGCGACUGUGGACGACACCAUGGUGUGUGCUGGAGUACCAGAAGGAGGAAAAGACGCCUGCUCGGGCGAUUCUGGUGGUCCUUUGACUAAAGACGGCGUUUUGGUUGGGAUCGUUUCGUGGGGUGUUGGGUGUGCGGAAGUGGGCUACCCAGGGGUUUACACGAGCGUCGCUUCGGUCAGGCAAUGGAUCAAAGAUAACUCUGGAAUAUUGGUGAAAAUUUUCACGUCUCUCAUUUAUCAACUUAUCACACACUUGAAUGAUAAUUGUUUGCACUAUAAAUAUCACUCAAGUGCCCACCCAACCGAUUCCAAAAUGUUGCGCUACUCUAUCGUGUUUGUUUUUGUAGUGACUUUAGUCUCAGGUGGUGUGGUACCACCAAAAUUGAGGCGACAGCGUCCCCAUGGACGAAUCGUGGGUGGGAAUACGGAAACCAUCGAAGACAACCCAUGGCAAGUGUCUUUGCAAGUCUUCGGUUUGCACAAUUGUGGUGGUUCCAUUAUUUCUGAAGACACCAUUCUGACUGCUGCUCACUGCGUUGAUGGUGUGCUUUCCCUCUUGUAUGAAGUGGUUUCAGGAAGUGCGGACCUUCUAGGAAACCCGACUCGUUCCACCAUCAAAGACACCAUCGUCCAUGAGGGGUACGACGGUUUGAGCAACGACUCCGCCCUCAUUAUUCUCAACGAACCUCUGACUUUUAGCGACACCACACAAGCAGUACCGCUGACAGAUGAAGAUCCGGUUGCUGGUGAUACCGUGAAAGUAACCGGAUGGGGAAUUCUCAGUGAGGACGAUGGUACCGCACCUACUGACUUAUACGGUGUGGAGGUCACCGUGGUCGAUCGAGACGAGUGUGCUGCUGACUACGCCGAUGUCGAAGAUGCCACGAUUGAUGCCACCAUGGUGUGUGCUGGGGUUCCAGAGGGAGGAAAAGACUCCUGCUCGGGAGAUUCUGGUGGUCCGUUGACUAAAGAUGGCGUCUUGGUGGGGAUCGUUUCGUGGGGUGAGGGGUGUGCAGAGGUCGGCUAUCCAGGAGUUUACACCAGUGUGGCUUCAGUGCGACAAUGGAUCAAGGAUAACUCUGGAAUAUAGAUGAAAUGUUAUGUAGUUACUGAAUGCUGAAUAAAUUUUAAAACAAC